AUGACAUCCACAGAGGAGCAAAGAAAGUCGGUGUUGAUUACCGGCUGCUCACCAGGAGGUAUUGGAAACUCGCUGGCGCGAGAGUUCCAUCGUAAUGGGCUGCGCGUCUUCGCAACAGCCCGCGAUGCAAAAUCACUUGAGGAUCUGGCAGCUCUCGGCAUAGAGACUUUAAGCCUCACUGUAGACGAUGAGAAUAGCGUCAGAACAUGCCAUGCCGAAGUAGAAAGGAGACUUGCGGACAAUGGAUUGGAUUAUCUGGCAGACCUUUCGGAAGCCCGAGCAACCUUUGAAACCAAUUUUAUCGCAGUCAUCUGCAUGUGUAAAACGUUCCUUCCCCUUCUGAUAAAGGCCAAGGGCACCAUUGUGCAAAUUGGAUCUGUUGCCGGAGUCAUUCCUUACGUAUUUGGCUCGGUAUACAAUGCCUCGAAAGCUGCUUUGCAUUCAUUCAGCGACUCUCUGCGUGUCGAACUGGCACCGUUUGGAGUACAUGUCACUACCGUCAUCACCGGCGGCGUGCAGUCCCGCAUUGCUCGCGACGAGUAUCAUCGCCGCGUGGUCCAUAGUCAGGACGGCGCUAUGCCGCAUGCGACAUAUGCUCGGAGCGUUGUUGAUCAAGUCCUGUAUGGGUCCGCGCCAUGGCGGUGGUUUUGGCCUUGGGCCAAAGGGCGGAAAAGCUGGAUUUGGGAAGGAAAUAAAAGCUGGCUAGUCUGGUUUCUUACUGGGGGCUGGGCUUGGACUGGCUUAUUCCAUUACGCCAUGACGAAAAUGUUCAAACUGCAUAAAUUGAGUCAAGCCGUUGGAAAAUGAGCAACGCGGAACGUUCUUGCUUGGGACCAUCAAAGGGAGAGAAGACAGAAUCCCCCAAUCCCACACCCGGCCACACCGUCUCCAUCGCUCUUGUUUGUUGAACCCAAUUGCGGAGUAGAUAGAUGAUAUCUUCGGUGCUGAAGAGUCUUAACGAGGAAAAACACACGUCC